CUGAAACAACCAUCCUCCGUCUCGUCUCCGUCGUAAACAUGGGCACCAGGAUAGUAUCGAGAUCUGGAAAAGAGAAGCCAUGUGUCUCCAACGAACUACCUCAACCUAUUGAGAAAAAGUGUCUCACUGUUCUUGGACAUGAAACCGAGGUGUGGAUCUUUCCUACUGAUGACACAGAUUCGUCCUUGAGCGAAACAGAGGAGGAGGAAGAUGAUGAAUCUGAUGAUGACUUCCCUAUGAAGCAAUUCUAUAUUGGCACUACGCCUACCAACUCUGCAAUGGGUGACCUUGGAGCUGUUCCUUCUUUGGAGACGAAGGAACUACUGUUUCGUUCGAUAGCUACUCUCCUGUCAAAGAAUGGUCUUUCUGACUCUGCCGAUGUUGUUAGGAAGGAAGCCGAUAUUAAGGAAGAUGGUGGUGCAACGCCACCGGAUAUUGAGGGAGUUUUACUUGAGUUCCUGAAAAAAGGAGAAAGCAACGCUCAGGAGGAAAUACUGAAACUUAACCAAUUGGCAUCUUCAUUGAAGGCGCUGAGCCUCUCCAUUUCACCCGAUACUUGUGAUCAAAAAGAUGACAUCUUCUCGAUGUACAUUUCAGAAGCUUCAGAAGUGGCAAACUCGCCUGUUGAGUUUCUGUGCGAUAAAUACUGUAUCAGUAUCAAGGGUAUGCACGAAAGUACAGUUGUAAAAGACGUGGUGAAGUUCUUCGGAAAAGCAUCAAUUACGGUCAAGGCUGUGCGUGUGAAACUUGGUAAGAAGCCAAGACUAAACUUCAGGAAUGAGUUGAAAAUGUCAGCUUCUGUUCGGUUCAGAAGUCCUGAAGAUACUAAAAAGGCUUAUAACAUGAGUGGCACUUAUAUGGAGAUCAGAAAGGACCGUGGAGGAAGUGUUGUAUACAUGGAUAGAGUUUCGAAUGACAAGAGAGUUCUGUGCAUCAGUGGGAUUGAGGGAAAUUUGAAGGACAGAGCUUUUACUAAUGAGCUACUUGAGAGCUUUCAGAAAAUCUUUAAUAAAUUCAAAGUUUGCAGAUCCUGGGCAGUAUGUGACAGUGGCGCCUGUUAUGUGUUGGUUAAAGUUAAGGACAAGAGCGCCAGGGACAUGUUGAAAGAUUUGAAUGGAAGGUAUUUCAUGCAAGGUGGAUUCGUGGUUAGGGAAGCAAAUCUGAAGCCAAUCAUUUUUGAGACAGUUUUUCGGCUAGAGUGAUAUGUUUGGGACAAGAUGUGCUGAGAGGGAUCCUUUUCAUCUUUUGUAGAUAUUUUCUUGUGCAUUGGUCGGGCCAUGUGGUGAGAGGACCCUUGACUAUCUUUUGUUAAUAAUUUGGACCAUUAUGACUCUACUCUAUUAACCAUGACUUGUGAAAUGUCACGUUAGGUUAAAUAUUCAAGUCAAGUCAGAUUUGAAUUAUCAAUUAAGUAUUCAAGCAUUAUCUUCGUUACACAA